GUAAAAUUUAAUGAGUUACUGGAUUCACGCAAAAAUUAUUUCAUUUUUACUUGUUUUAUUUUGAUUUAACACGAGGCAGAGCAAGAAAACUAAACACACCAACUCUUACCUAUCAGAGAUGUCUAUCGAGGCAAAGAGACUGUAUGCUGUUUCAGCCGUGUUGUUUCUUGCAUUGCACAUGACUCAGGUUUCGGAGUGUGAGACUAGUAUUGAAGCGAUAGACGAAGAAAUACCCUUUAUUUCAAGAUAAAAAGCAAAUGUGCAACAGAGUUAAUAAUGGUUAUAACUCGUCAUACCAGAGCAYAGGCUGCUACAGCCAACUUGGAGAAAAACCAGAUUUUGCUUCAAAACCAUGGACACAAUUAAGUACCCCAGAAGAUCUUUGUUGCGAGACAAGCAAGAAGGGAUGUGAAACAGAGUAUGGACCGGGCUAUGUGUAUGUUAAAGAGCACAACAUGUGUUUGAAAGAAGUGUAUGACGGUUGCAUCUUUAAUGUGCCUUUUAACUCGAAAAAGCCACCAGUUUGCUGUCUAACCAAUCCAUCAACAGGUCGAAACACGACGUACGGMUGUCAACCAACACAUACAUGUGGCUUAACAGUAGUCUGCUAACUUAUUUACUUCAARCAGAAACUCAUGAGGGUUUCUUUAUAAGUUUUCUGCUACAUGAGAACAGUUAGCGUUGCCUGCCAGUGUUGAUUUAUGGAUAACAGUAGUCUAAAUGUAUAAGAAGUCUGCAAAUUAAAUGUAAUAAAAGACAUUUAGUUUAUA